GCUCUGGCUUUAUUCCCCCUCUCUCUGUCCCUGACUGUCUAUUACAUUAUUUAUGAAGUGGGGAUGUGUGCUGUAUGUCUUGAUGUACAUUUCCUCUGCUGAAAUGCAGCAAAGCACCAGCUGCUGCCUGCAUGCUAUGUCCAUUACGGUAGUUCCACAGCUAUCUAGCGGUGGAGCAGAGGAGCUUGACGGAUGCAGAGAUAGAGAGGAGGGAGAGGACAAGAGAAGCACAGACUGCUGCAGAUCCAGACUGUAGCAGCAGCCUAAUUACCACCACAGCGAAGCCACAAGACCCUUUUUUCAUCCUCCUCAUCAUGCUGAGGAAGGGCUCGGAGCUGCUGAAGGGAGACAGAGAGGUCCUUCUGGAUCUGGACUAUGGGGGUGUAGCACAAACCACAGACAGCUAUGGAAGUCUGCAGAACGGGAGCUUCAUCCCCCCGAGAUAUCUUUCAGCCGCAGCUGCGGGCGAAGAUGUGGAUGGCGAUGAUCCCAUUUAUGUCCACUGUAAUCCAAGAAGUAACCAGCCACUUCCACAGCAGGGGAAUUACUUCAGAGAUGGAAGAACCAAAAUCGACUUUGUACUGGUGUGGGAAAUUCGGUCGAGGAGGAAGCGGCGAGGGAAGGGGAAGGUGACCAGUGAGGAGGGGGAGACUGCGCCCACUGAGGAGAACAGCAGAUCUGAACGAAGGAAGGCACAGCUGGCACAGUGGAGGGAGAAGUUUGUUCAGAAUCUAGAGAGUGCUGGGUUGCUCAUGGAAGAGGAGCAAACAGCAAAUGAGAAGAAAACAAUACAUUUUCUGAAACUUAGCGCUCCUUGGGAUGUGUUGGUGUUUUACGCUGAGGAACUCUGUGUGAGAGCUCCAUUGCAGGCACAGCCAAAUCUGGACUUGAACACAUCUGCUCGGGUACUGAAAAGACUAUGCAUUCCUAACGUGAUGAUGGAGUCAGUGCCAAACAGGCCGCUGGACUAUUACACAUGUGCCUUUCGAAAGUCAAAGAUGAACAGGUUCCUCGGCUGUGACAACCAUGAAACCUACUUCACUAAUACACAGAGACACCGUAUUGUGUAUGAGAUUCUUGCACGGACGGUGUAUGGCAAAAGGAAGAGGGCUGAGGUUGGUGUGGACAGACUGGUAAAUGAAGGCGUGUACACAGCCGCUUUCCCCCUGCACGAGGGCCCCUUUCAGCUUCCGAGGAAUGAGAUUCGUCCUGACGAGUUGAACCAGAGGCAGAUUCUUUACCACUACUGGGCCCGCUGGUGCAAAUGGUACAAGUACCAACCACUGGACCACAUCAGGGAGUACUUUGGAGAAAAGAUUGCAUUCUACUUUGCCUGGCUGGGUUUCUACACAGCCUGGCUGCUGCCGGCUGCAGUGGUUGGAACCCUUGUCUUUGUGUCUGGAGUCAUGUCCAUGGGUACCAACACACCAGCUAAGGAAAUCUGUGACAGCGGAGCUAGUUAUCUCAUGUGUCCUCUCUGUAACACAUGCAAGGCCUGGAACAUGUCUGAGAUCUGCACCAUGGCCAAGUUGGGCUACUUAUUUGACCACCCAGGUACGGUCCUCUUCAGUGUGUUCAUGUCCUUCUGGGCCGUAACCUUCCUGGAGUACUGGAAGAGAAAGAUGGCCACCCUGGCCCAUCACUGGGACUGCAUGGACUUCCAUGAAGAAGAGGAGCGUCCUCGGCCAGAGUUUGCAGCCAUGGCCCCGACUAUGGAACCAAACCCAGUGACUGGGGUCAAAGAGCCCUACUUUCCAGAGAAGACCAGGUUGUCCCGCAUGUUCACUGGCUCCAUGGUCAUCAUCAUGAUGCUGUGCGUGGUGAUGAUCUUCCUGGUGACGGUGGUCAUGUGCCGCGGUAUCAUCAGCGUGAUGAUGUUUCACACUGGGAGCCCUGUCCUACGUACAGAGGCAGGGACCAUAGCCAACAUCUCAGGCAGUAUUGUGAACCUGGGCCUUAUCCUGUUAAUGGGCCGUGUCUACACUGCAUUAGCUGAGCAGCUCACUAAAUGGGAGAUGCACAGAACACAAACCCAGUAUGACAAUGCCUUCAUCUUCAAGGUGUUCAUCUUCCAGUUUGUCAACUUCUACUCGUCCCCCUUCUAUGUGGCUUUCUUUAAAGGAAGGUUUGUGGGUUACCCCACCAACUAUGGGACCUUGUUUGGGAUGAGAAAUGAAGACUGUGGCCCCGGGGGCUGCCUCAUUGAGCUGGCUGAGCAACUCUUCAUCAUCAUGGUGGGAAAGCAACUCAUCAACAACAUUCAGGAGUUCAUUAUCCCUAAAGUGAAGGCCUGGCGCCAGAAGAGGACCUUGGCCAAGGUGCUGGGGGGUAAGGCAUCCCAUGAGCCUCAGCGCUGGGAAGAAGACUACCAGCUAGUGGAGUGUGAAGGCCUGUUUGAAGAGUACUUGGAGAUGGUGCUCCAGUUUGGGUUCAUCACCAUCUUCGUGGCAGCGUUCCCCCUUGCUCCGCUCUUCGCUCUCCUCAACAACUGGGUAGAAAUCCGUCUGGACGCCCACAAGUUUGCGGGCGAGUACCGCCGGCCGGUUGCCGAGCGCGCUCAGAACAUCGGGGUCUGGUUUAACAUACUUGAGGCCCUGUCGCACCUGUCGGUCAUCGCCAACGCUUUCCUAAUAGCCUUCACAUCAGAUUUUUUACCUCGCCUGCUCUACCAAUACAAGUUCGAUAACAAUCUCAAUGGAUACAUCAACUCCACCUUGGCUUACGCCCCACUUAACUACACUGAGUACCCCAUGUGCAGAUAUAAAGCAUACAGAGACAACAAUGGAAACUACUCACUGUUCUACUGGGAGCUUCUUGCCGUCAGACUCGGUUUUAUCAUUGCCUUCGAGCAUGCAGUGUUCUUCGUGCUGAGAGCUAUCGACUGGAUCGUACCCGAUGUCCCCGAAUCCUUGGAGCUGAAGAUUAAGAGGGAGCGCUACCUGGCCAAGCAGGCUCUGGCCGAAAACCAGGAGGCUCUUUUGGUGAGUCGAGGCCGAGGGGCCACCCCCGCCACCCCCGGCACCUCCAGCCCAGUGAAUGUAGCUGAAUGAGGGCAGGUAAGUACUACACAAGAAGUAAGUACAUGGCAUUCUCAAGAAGGACGUUAUUAUUUCAGUAAUUGUAGCAUAACUGAUCAAAAUAAAAUGAACUCACCAGAUCAGUUCAUAUAUGUGGAAAAAUAAGUACACAGCAAAAUAUCUGUAAAAGACAUGCUAGGUGUAUUUUUUAACAUUGGACUGAGCCAGGCUAGCUGUUUUCCCUCCACCCAGGCUUUACGUUAAGUAGGCUAACCCCAUCCAAACUCCAUACUAACACAUGGACAUGAGAUUUUAUAGUCUCCUUGUUCUAAAACUUCUAGAGAUUAAAACAACACGUGUUAAUGCCAUUGUCACUUUUAUAACCAUUUUGUUGCCAUAAGAAUGUAGUACAGUAGCAGCCAGCUAUAAUUCAGUGGCAUGUUGCAACAAAGAUUGUCUGUGUCAGCUUUUCCCCUCUCCUUAUCUCUUAUAUUCAGUCUGACAGAACUAAUUCUCUCCUCUGUCUCUCUGCUUCUUCUCCAUUCCUUCCGUGUCCAAACCCAACUGCACUGCCUUCCCUGAAGCAAGCGACGCGUCCUUUGGAAACAUGAGUUAGGUGUCGAGCGGGGAAAAUGAGUGGUUUGAUGGGAGAACAGGAUGAAUAUUGGAGGAAUAAAAGACACUCCUUCACAUCUGGGAUAACAUGAGUGAACUUUUCCCCUUCAGUAUAAAACUGUCUUUGCACUGGGAUUUUGUUUUCAUUUUACUUAUGUGCAUACUGCUGCACAGACAAUAUAAUAAUCAGGUGUUUAAUAGAGGCUAAACUCACCCAAACUUUACUCACCUUUUCAUCUGGAAAGCACAGUUGCUCAACAUUUCCAGGCAGACACAAUGAUAGUCUAUAACUUACAUUAGUAAACGACCUAUUCAGUGACAAACGACAUGUUCGAAAAUGUGUCCCUGAUCUGAAAAGGAUCUGUGACUUUCUUAUCCAAAGUGGGUACUGACCCUACAGCAACUGGGCCUAAGGCAAUAGAACAAAAGUGUCAUGAAAAAUGUGAUUAAAUUAGUUUGAUGAUGCACUGCCCCCAAUUUACUUUAAAGCUGCAGUAGGUAACUUUUAAAAAAAUAACUUUUUGUAAUAUUUGCUGAAACUGUCACUAUAUUCCCGACAGUCGUACAUUAGACAGAUCAUCUGUGGAAAUCAGUGCUCCUAACAGCAUUUGCAAGAAUAUAAUUCGGUCAGUCAUUCAGCAACCAACUUCGGUAUUUGACAACCUUACCUGCUGCAGCUUUAAGCCUGCUUACAGUUUUUCCUCUUUUACAUUACCAAGUUCCAAAACCAGUUAGAAAAAAAUACAAAACUUCAAAAUCAAAACUUCUGUUGCCUUGUUUUGCCAGUCUGAUGUUUCUACUUUGGACCAAGUGCAGUUAUUUAUUUCUUGUCUUGGCAGAAAAGUAAAAGUGGUACAUAAAUAUAUAUCAGAAUUAAUAGUGAAAUGCAUUGGGGAUGGCUCGUUUGGAGGAAAACUCAGUAGCCAGAAUGCAACAUUCAAAGGAAAAGGCACAAUAUCUACCAUAAUGAAGCACAUCCAUACCAGUAAACAGCUGCAUUUCAACUGACUAACUAAAGGUGCAGCAUGGAUUGUUAAUGCUGUCAGACUGUUUUGGGGUUCUGUAGAUGCUGUUCGAGCUGCACAGAAAACCUGACACCUACAGGAGUGUGUGUCAGACCUAACAGGGUGUCUAGAAAGUGUGACCAAAUAAUAUUAAAUUGAUGUGACCAAAUAGUAUUAAACUGAUGUUAAAUGUUUUAAUGACAUUAAAGAGUAACUUAAUCCCCCCUGAAAAUAAUGGUUGUUGCUAACCUCCAGUGGUUUAGGUUCUCACCUUGAUGCAGUCACUGUUGGAUGUGGUUGUAGUAGAGCACACUUCUGAACACACAUAACCACACCCAUCAGUGAGGCUGGUUGUGGUCAGAGGUUGAAAUUUCAACCAGAGAGGGCAGCGAAACACUGCUGGGAAGUUACUCUUUAAAGGGGCAGUCUGCUGAUACAGUGUUGCACUUCCAUAAAGUUUGGGGCAGUACAGUGUGGGUCAAACUUAAAAACAAAAACAGCUGGAUCAUAUAUUUCCUGUUAUGGAACUUCUUUCAUAGAGUUGCAAACUGGGAGGAGUUAUUUUAGAGGCUUCCAGGAGGAAAAAAGUCUGCUUCUUCUGCAUAGAAACUCUCCUCUUUGUAUCAUCAGUACAAUAUUAACUGUGCUAGAAAAUAUCAGGAUCUUUAAGUCACUUACCCUUAAAAUUCUCAAUGUGUGCUGCUAACAAUGAGCAGAAGUGGAAGAUUAUGUCAUAAAAAAAAAACUGACACAAUCUGGAGCUUAAAUGAAUUUCCUCUGGGUCACUUUUGGCUAAAUUUGGCCUUUAUUUAGAGCCAUCCGCUACGUUGAAAUAAUUCAGACUGAUGGCCAUAACAUAAACCUACAGUAUCCUGACAUUGUCCAGGACAUUCUUGUGCUUCUAUGUUGCGGAGCAUUGAGGAUAUUAUUAAAACAAAUACUUGAAUGGGAAUUUACAGUUCCCAUACGACUCCUCAUACUUAACUUGAUUAGACUUUCCCUGGCUGGUUAAUACCUUGAUACAGUCUGUAACGCAAGCUUUCUAUCAAACAUUUGUGGUCUUUAAACCCAAGCCAAGGUAACCCUGAUGUGGGUUAUUUUCUCAGACUUGGGUAAACUGUUGUUUCUGUGUUAAAUCAGUGGACUGCCCCUCCAGUUUGAGUUGACAUUGUGUGUUUUCUUUAUGAUGGCCUCCUGAGGUCAAAGUGCACCCAUCUUUUGCCACUAGCUGAUACUGUAAGAAGAACAGUCUUUUUUGUGGUUUAUUUUUAAAAGGCUUUGAUCGUGAGCUGUUAUUAUUACACAGAUUGUCCGUUGCCUUCACUAUGAUGAAGAACAACUGCAAAUAUUUACACCCUUGUCUGCAAUGUAUACGUACAUGCACAUAUACUGUACAUGUUUACUGAGCAUGUCCGUCUUUUCUACUUGAGGUUUGUGUGGAGGAGUUCUGAGAGUGGCUACUGUACGAUGGAGUGAAAUAGUACCUCCAUAUUGUAGGACAUAUUUUGUGUGUGAACUGUUUUGCAUUUAAGACCUUUUAGAACGAAAUAAAUCUAGUUUGAUGAAUGCAAA